AUGACGAUGACACAAAACCAGUUGCCUCAGCAACACCCGUUCAGGAAGCUGGAAGGCGAGAUCACUUGCCCUCUCUGCCGACAGUUCUUCCAAUUGCCUGUACUAUUGCCCUGUGGGCAUUCAUUGUGUCUCAUCUGCGCCACCAAAGCAGCCCAACUGGGCGACGACAUUUUCGCCCGGCUCACAGUAUGCGGCAACAGUACCAACGGAGGCGUAGUCGCCUCGGCCGUUGGAGUCGGUGGGAUUUGUGGCAGUGGCAGUUCAAACGCCAGCUCCUCCGGUCAAAGCAGCAGUCAUCCGAGCUCCGGCGGCCUCGACUCCGGUGCCUCUGGCGAGGCCGGAGCUCGUCUAUCCUCGGGCUCCUCGUCUCAUCGCAGCCAAAGACAGCAACUCGGAGCCCACCACCACCACCACCGUCAUCACCCUAGACACCAACACCAACACCAACACCAGAAUCAACUCAUCCUCCAGCAACACCAACAACAACAACAACAACAGCAACAUCAGCAGCAACAGCAACAGCAAAUCCAGCAUCGUCACAGUCAUCAGCAUCAGCAGCAUCAUUUGCGAUAUCCCAACGCCUUCGUCUCACAAUCCGGUCCCCGUGGCGCCUGUCAUAGCCCAGAUCUGGAUCAGGUGAGCCUGUCAAGUGAGACGGACUCCGGUGUUGUACUGCCGUGCGGGCCGAAGCGGGGCCUCGUCACUGGCGAGACGAGCCCAGAGACUGGCCAACUGGUCGGCCUCGUCGGCAAUGCUACCAGUGCCAGUGCCGGUGCCGGUGCCGGUACCGGUGCUGGAACGGGUAUCGAAGAUGCGUCAGGUUUGCCGCCUUGUCUGGAGGCCAUGGCAACCCCGACUGCCGGGCUGGGCCUGACCGUCGCCGGGGGGCAACCGGCCAAUGGUGCAGCCUCCGACGCUUCUGCCCAUUCCUCGGCCUCGUCCACUUCGGUCGCGUCUGCCGUCGACCUGCCGGUGAACAUUGUGAACCCAAUCGGUGAAGAGGUGGGUCCGUCCGAACUGCGAGGUCGUCUGGCGCUCGCAUGUCCGGCUUGCGCUGCCUGUCAGACGAUGAGACGACUCGUGGUCGUAUUUCCGGCCAACACGGGACCGGAUGCGUUGCCACGCAAUCAUGCUUUGUCGCGUCUGAUCGAGCGAGUUCGAGUCUGUCUCGAGGUGUCCGAGGCCGCCAGCAUCGCUGCCACGGCAACCGCUUGCCCCAGCAACACCGCCACCACCACCUCCACCUCCUCAUCCUCCAACAACUCCUCCUCCUCUUACGCCUCCUCCAUGUUGACGGCUUUCGAGACGGACACAAUGCGAUUGGUAUCGCCUCGCUCCUCCUUCGCCUCCACUCUGGCCCCGGCCGGCGUCGCUACGCUGGCACCGAUCCAGCUUUGUCAGCUCUGCCAGCCAACUCCGGAGCCCGGGGAUCUUUCCGGUUACCAGGCGACUUCGGCCGGCCGGGCAGACGAGUCAGGCCUCAUAGCCUCUGUUGGGCCUGGCCAGUCUGGCCAGUCUGCCAGGCCGGCGGUACACUUUUGUGAGCAAUGCCAGAUCUUCUACUGUCCCGACUGCCUGCUUCAGUGCCAUCCGGCCAGGGGACCCUUGGCUCGACACACUCUUCUCUCCGCCAGCCAGGGUCAGGCUGUGCUACGCGAGAAACAACAGCGUCAAGAAUUGGAGUUGUGUGCUCGUCAUGCCAAUGAACCACUCGGUCUCUUCUGCUUUCAGUGCCGACAGGCGCUCUGCUGCCUGUGUCUGCCCGAUCACACAGCCGGGCAUCCUAUAGAGCCCAUGAAGACGGCCUGUAAGGAUCACAAGGUGAGUGGUGAUGCUAUUUUGAUGACAGGGCAACUGUAA